GGCCGUACCGGACGAGAAUUCGGGACCAUGGAGUGGAAUCCAGAGCAAGAGAAGGUCCUCAACCAGGUUGAUCAGAUGCUACUUACGAGACAACCGAAACUUAUCCGAGUCGAGGGUCCUGCGGCGUCGGGCAAGAGCACCCUCCUGCUGGAAAUAGCUUCACGCACGCGGCAGUCUUUGGGGCCGCAGAGCGUGCUGGUGCUCGCGCUCACCAACACGGCAGCGGAUGCUGUCGGCGGGCGCACGUUCCACCGUGCCCUCAACCUCCCCGUAUCCGACCCGCCAGCGGGCCCUGAGAACAACUUUGUCGAGGAGAGCCUUGACAGCUUGGGCCUGGGGGAUGUGAAAGUCAUCCUAAUCGACAACGUUCACCAGGUGAACGACCACGUCAUGACCAUGGCACUGAGCCGCUUCCGACAGGAGGGUUGCGCUGAACCGUUCGGUGGACGGAUGUUGGUGAUGUUCGGCGACGAUGUGUCCUGGGGACCGGUCUUGGACAUAGCUCCACCUCAUUCAGUAUCAGUCCCAUCCGUGAUCAAGCUCCAUAAGACGUACUUCAAAGACGAGUCGUUCGGCGAAGCGGUUGAGCGGCUCAAACGCGGCAUCGUGACCGAGGCGGACAGCAGCCUGUACGAGGGGCGCAGGCUGGAGAAUCUGACACCUGCGGAGCAAGAGGAGUUCCUACGCGGGCCAAAAGUGCUCGUAAGCCGUGACGAUCGUGAUGACCACAACGAAAGCUUCAGGAUGAUCAGCUCUUCAGGCUCGGGUGCGCAAGCGCAAACUUUCGCCAGAGCGACUGGCAGCCCCUUCGAGAGGGUGACCCUGUGGCCCGGGGCGCCCGUGGUCUUGACGACCACCCAACGGCGGGGGUUGGAGGCGGGGUCGCAGGGCGAGGUCACUAGUGUGGCGGCCAAUGGAGUCGAAGUUCAGUUCCAAGGGGUGCCGUCGGGGCCCGAGUCCUUAAGCGGCGACGGCGGCCUGCCGCUGAUCAAUCCUUUAGCCUACACCGUCCCCACAGCGCAGGGUCUCCGCUUCGACAAGGUUUUAGUGCAACUGCCCGCCUCCGGCUUUGGCGGCUUUCCGCUCAUUUAUGCAGCCGUAUCGCGAGCGAAAUGUUGGGACGGCAUUGCCUUUCUGGAGUCGGUUCCCACGCACCCUCAGGAGAAAAGAAAGAAAUUUCUAAGCGACCUAAGCGACUACCUAAGCGACUCCUCCCUCUCUACAUUGGCGAGUACAAAACUAAAUUGAAAGACCCACCGGACACCUACUAUUUGAAAUUCUCGCAACACUUGUUUUUUUGUAUUAUUUAUUUGAUUUUUAUAAACAGAAAUUGUGUGAAGUAAUUUGUUUUGUUAAACUAUCAUGCUUAAAUAAAUUUUCGUUAUUAAAAAUGUAUAAA